AUGGCCGACGAAAGCGGCGCCGAGCCCAUCAAGCGCGAUGUGCGCAACCACAUGCUGUUCGAGGUCGCCACAGAGGUCGCCAACCGAGUCGGGGGCAUCUAUUCCGUGCUCAAAUCGAAGGCACCUGUCACCACGGCCGAGUAUGGCGAGCGGUAUACCCUAAUCGGCCCCUUGAACAAGGCCUCUGCUGCGGUCGAGGUCGAGGAGCUCACGCCGUCCAACCCGGCCAUGCGCGAGACGAUUCAGUCCAUGCAGGAGCGCGGCAUUGAGAUUGUCUACGGUCGCUGGCUGAUCGAGGGGGCCCCGCGGGUCCUGCUCAUCAAUACCGGCACGGGUUACCGAUGGCUGGACGAAUGGAAGGGAGAUCUGUGGAAUACCUCCGGCAUCCCGUCCCCCGCUGCCGAUCAUGAGACCAACGAGGCGAUCGUCUUUGGUUACAUGGUCGCCUGGUUCUUGGGAGAGUACAUUGCUCACGAGCGUCGCCGGGCCGUUGUGGCCCAUUUCCAUGAAUGGCUCGCCGGUGUGGCCCUACCCUUGACCAAGAAACGCCACAUGGAUCUGACCACCAUUUUCACGACACACGCCACAUUGUUGGGUCGUUACCUCUGUGCAGGCUCUGUGGAUUUCUACAACAACCUGCAGUACUUCGAUGUGGACGCCGAGGCCGGAAAGCGCGGUAUUUAUCACCGAUACUGCGUCGAACGGGCUGCGGCUCACAGCGCCGAUGUCUUCACCACCGUUUCGCACAUCACGGCCUUUGAGAGCGAGCAUCUGCUGAAGCGGAAGCCGGAUGGCGUCUUGCCGAACGGUCUCAAUGUCAAGAAGUUUUCCGCCAUGCACGAGUUCCAGAACCUGCACUCGCAAGCCAAGGAGAAGAUCAACGACUUUGUCCGCGGUCACUUCUACGGACACAACAAUUUCGAUCUGGACAACACCAUCUAUCUCUUCACCGCCGGUCGGUAUGAGUAUCGCAACAAGGGUGUGGACAUGUUCAUUGAGGGCCUGGCUCGCCUGAACCACCGUCUCAAGACUAGUGGAUCGAAGACCACCGUCGUUGCUUUUAUCAUUAUGCCCGCUCAAACGUCAUCCUUGACCGUCGAGUCCCUCAAGGGCCAGGCUGUGGUGAAAUCCCUGCGUGACACCAUUGAAAAUAUCGAGAAAGGCAUUGGUAGACGCAUGUACGAGCGCUGCCUCGCGUGGAAGGAAGGUGACAACAUGCCCGACGAGAAGGACCUGAUUACGAGCCAGGACCGUGUGUUGCUGCGUCGUCGACUCUUUGCAAUGAAGCGCCAUGGCCUGCCCCCGAUUGUUACCCAUAACAUGGUCAAUGACCAUGAGGACCCGAUCUUGAACCAACUCCGCCGCGUGGAGCUGUUCAACAACGAGUAUGACCGCGUGAAGAUUGUUUUCCACCCUGAAUUCCUCAACUCCUCGAACCCUGUUCUUCCAUUGGACUACGAUGACUUUGUUCGCGGUACCCAUCUGGGUGUCUUCCCAUCCUACUACGAGCCCUGGGGCUACACCCCCGCGGAAUGCACGGUUAUGGGCGUGCCCAGCAUAACGACCAAUUUGUCGGGCUUCGGGUGCUACAUGGAGGAGCUGAUCGAAAAUUCCUCGGACUAUGGAAUCUACAUCGUGGACCGCCGCGCAAAGGGAGUGGACGAUUCGGUCAACCAGCUCACCGAAUUUAUGUACAACUUUACCAUGAAGAGUCGCCGACAGCGGAUCAACCAACGUAACCGCACUGAGCGACUCAGUGAUUUGUUGGACUGGAAACGAAUGGGCUUGGAAUACGUCAAGGCGCGCCAGCUGGCCCUGCGGAGAGCUUAUCCCUCGUCCUUCGAAGGGCCCGAGGACUACUUUGAUAUCAUCGGAGGCACUGACCAGAAGAUCUCCCGCCCGCUGUCGGUCCCUGGUUCCCCGCGGGAUCGAUCCGGCAUGAUGACGCCUGGUGACUUUGCCUCGCUCCAGGAAGGCCGGGAGGGACUCAGCACCGAAGACUACGUCGCGUGGAAACUUCCUGAGGAGGAAGAACCAGAUGAUCACUUUUUCCCGCUCACGCUCCGCACACGCAAGGCCGGUAAUCGGCCGCAGUCCCCACUCGACAGUAUAUCGAUCAAUGGGGACCACCAGGCGGAGGGCAGUACCCCGACCGAUGCCUAG